CCACCACUUUCAUCGAUCAUCAACUCAUCAAACCUCACUCGAUCUUAUCCUCAACACUUUCGAAAACUCAUCAGAACUCAACCUAAUCGACUUUGACUUCUAGGCUGGCUAGAUCACCUUCACCUUCAUUUGCUGGACGUCUAAACUUUGAAUUUAACUGCAGUCGAUUCCAAUGACAUUCGUCAGGCUUAUCAUUUGUGCUCUUGGUAUCUAUGCGAGUUUCAUUUCAUGGGCUUUGAUUCAAGAGAGACUCUCAACCACGCCUUACCACGAUCCGUCUGGGGGAAAACCAAAGUACUUCAAAUCCGUGGUCUUUCUCAACACCGUUCAGAGUGCAUUCAGUGCGACCGCCGCCCUCGUUUAUCUCAUUUCUCGGAAAAAGGCAUCACAAUCCUUGUUGCAAGUGAUCGGCUUGGGUGGAUCACCCAACUCAGCCAAGUCCAAAGGAAAAGCUAAAGAAGGCACCAAUCCAUCAUCUGCGAAGAGUAGCAACCCGAUUUCACUCCUUUACCGUUGUCUGCAAUGUGCUGUAUUACACUCUAUCGGAUCACCAUUCGGCUAUGCGUCUCUCAAGCACAUCGACUAUCCUACCAUGAUUCUCGGAAAGUCGUGUAAAUUGGUACCUGUCAUGCUCAUGAAUAUUGUGCUAUAUCGUCGUCGAUUCCCGGCUCAUAAAUAUAUCGUUGUCGGUUUGGUGACGACUGGCAUUAGCAUGUUCAUGCUCUUUGCUGAUCACGGUUCAAAAGCUAAAAAAGGCGCUCAACAGAGUAGUUUAUUUGGAUUAUUCCUUCUGUUAAUCAAUUUGUUGAUUGACGGCGCAACCAAUUCCACUCAAGACGAAAUCUUCAGUCGAUUCACAAUCACUGGCUCUCAACUCAUGUUUAUCAUGAAUGUUCUCUCCACCCUCAUCACUCUUGCUGCUCUUGUUGUUCCAAUUCCACCUCAGCUCUCUCAGCUCAUGGGAUCGAAACCUUCGAAUGGCAACGAAUUCUCAACCGCCCUUGAGUUCAUCAAGACAUACCCGAGCGUGCUGAAGGAUAUUUUACUUUUUUCAACGGCUGGCGCGAUUGGGCAAUUAUUCAUCUUUGAAACCCUUUCGCAUUUUGGUUCCUUAACUCUCGUCACAAUCACCGUCACUCGAAAGUUAUUCACCAUGUUAUUGAGUGUAGUCGUCUUCAAUCAUCAAUUAACGUUCGGUCAAUGGGCCGGAGUCGGCGUCGUCUUUUGCGGAAUAGGACUUGAGGCUGUUGUAAAGAUGGGACAUGGAAAAGCCAAGGCAGUUGUGAAUGAGCAAGAAAAAUCUAAAAUAAAAGACUUAUAA